AUUUCACUAGCUUUCAUCAUGCUGUAAAAAUUAUUAUUUUUUGUGAAAUCACAAAAUGUUCGGUAUAAAAUUGAAUGUGUAAAAGAAUUAAGCAUUCAUUCAACGUUUGAAUAAAGAAGUGAGCAGAUUGUAGAGUAAUUUAAAAUUAAAGAAGAGCACAAAAUAUUAAAAUUUGAAAUAUUCUCAUUUGUAUUGAGAACAACAAUCAAUCAUGACAAAUAGACAACAAAAUACUCACAAAUUAAGCUUGUAUCCUUUGGCUGGGGAUUACAUCGCAACAAUUGAUUAUCAGCCAACUAGCAAAGCACAAUCUACUCAGAAUAUCGAGACAGUCGUGAUUCUUGACAGAUCCGGUUCAAUGGGAGAAUCUUUGAACACAAUUGGAACCAAAAUUUUACCACUUACCUUCCAGAAGCUUAACUAUGAACUCAAUGAAAAGAUUCACUUAAUUACUUUUGAAAGCCGAGUCGAUUACAAGAAUUUGGAAAUUACUGAUUUAAAGAAUCUAGAACAAUUCUAUGCAGGUGGUGGAACCUACAUGAGUUUUGGAAUCAAUAAGUUUUAUGAGAUUAUCAAGACUCUUACUCAAGAUGGAGUUAAAUUUUUAAGAAUUUUGACUAUUUCCGAUGGUGAAGUUGCUGAUGGGAAGCAAACAAUGAAAGAAUCAGAGCAGGUUGCUGAAUUUUUACAUGAUCAUGAGAUCGCAAUCAGUUCAAAGGCAGUCAGAUGGUUUACAAGUUCUUAUGAUCCAGACACAACUGCUUUGUGCUGUUUGCUGCAGUUGAAUAACAUCCAAGCGUCUGUAAUGUUGGACAUGAAGUCAAAUGUAUCAGUGGAAGAAGCUUCAUCAGCAUGGGCUGAGUUAUUUGAAAAUGAUGGAAUGUUUAAUGCGUCAGUCGUAUCCAGUACUUCUCCAAUAUUUCUCAAAUUCCCAUGGGAAUCAAAUGCUUUGGAUAAAAUAUUAUUGGUUCCUGGUAAAAACACAUUUUGGAUGAAAGAAAUUCCAGAAAAUAUGAAAAUUGAUGACCUUCCAGUUGAGAUUGAAUUUUUGGAAUCGAUUUCAUACCAAGAGCUGCAAAAUUUACUUAAUAGGAAGGUUGACUACAUUAUUGAUCGAAUGAAAAUUUUGAAGAUUAUCGAGUCAGCACAAGCAGCAAAGACAAUCGAUAAAAUACUUGAAUAUUUCAAGAGAAUUGAAAGUGAAGUUCCAGUUCCUGAUAAUUAUACAGCAAGUGAUAGGAAGAAACUCAAGAAUCGAAUUGAACUUAUUAAGAUCCGAUCACAGCAUAAGAAAAUUUCAACUGUGUUAGCUGAGAUUGCAAAUGACAACAAGGUCCAUAAGUUGAAUGCAGCUCAAAAGGCUGCAUAUUUGAGACAGACAAUGGUCACAAAGAACAGUAAGAGUUUAGCCAGAAGAUCUGCAAAAUGCACAGGUGAUCUCGAUUUUGAUGAAAUCGCAAAGCUUGAAGCUUUAAAAAUUGCUGAAUAUUUUCAUGAAAUUGCUGACAUUAGCGACUCAGGAUAUGAAGUUUCAUUUUAUUCCCAGGCAACAACAAUUGAAGGAAUCAAAACUCUUAUAGAAUUCACCAAAGAUGAAGCCUUCGAAAAUGCAACUGUUCUUGAUAUCUUGGAAAUUUUGAAUAUUGUUGGUGUAGCAUGUAAUGGACCAAUUGGUAAUUAUCCUGACCCAUCAACAUGGAGAAUUGAAAAAAUCUAUCCAAGCUGUUUUGUUAGCUUUGCUGAUGUUCUUUGUGUCUUGAACCAAUCUCAAUACAACAAGCUUCAAGUACCAGCUUAUGAUGCUGAAAUCACAAACUCAAUUCCAAUUUUUGAUGAUCCACGAAUUGGUAAAUUUUUGAAAAAACAUGCACGAUCGCUGCUUGAGUUUACAUUCUCAAUUGGAAUGAGACAAAUGAUUGCAGAAGUUCCAAAGACUGUAGAUUACACAAUGAUUGCAGGAGUUCGAUCCAUGAUUGAUUUAAUCAAUGAUGAUAAAUCUACAAAAAACCUUGAAAUUUUCAAGAACAUGGUCAUGACUUUGAAGGACUUUGCAGGAAAGUUUGAUGCUGAUGAAUAUUUGGUUCCUCAAAAAUGUGGAAAGUUUGGACAUUUCCUGGAUAAUAGUGGAAUUGCCGAGAUGGUUGUUCCAUUUAUUCGAGCAAUUCAACAGAAUAAAUCUAAAACUAUGAACGCUCUUCCAGCUAUGCUCCGAUCAAUUUAUAACUAUGAAGUCUGGCUAGCUAUUCGACGUAACUACAAAGGAAAAAAUGACUUUGAAGAAAUCAUCAAAGACAUGAUGGUUAAGUUGCUAGGAAUCAAUAUUGAUCAGAAUAAAAUUAAUGUUGACCAGCCAGUUCCUAUUGAUUUAAUAUUUUAUGACAAUUAUCAACCAAAUUUCACAUACAUCAAGGAAUUAACAGCUCAACUUAAGCAUUUAAAUAUGGUGGCAUUGAUUCCAUUGUACCUAGAUGCUGCUAUUAAUGGACCUUUAGAAAGUGUCAGAAAUAUUCCACCUUUGGAUUCAAAUUGGUUCCUUAAUGCACUCGACAUCAAUUACAGCUUCAAAAAUUUCAUGUUCUUGAAUGUCUUUCAAGCCUUAGCAUACACGACCAAACAAGAACGUUGCGAUAAAGAAAAUAAGAAAAUGACAAUCAUUGAUUUGAAGAACUAUGAAGAAGCUAUGGACGACGUUAAAAUUUAUGUUAGAAACUUCUUUAAGAAGCAAUAUGAGUUCGAUUUAGCCAGAAAGAACCAAAUGGAAGCUAUUCGAUCCGGAAAUACUGAAACAUCAGAUUUAAACUACGAACGAUAUCUUAGCCAAUUUCAAAGAGAACCAACAUAUGCAAAACAAGCAGUGAUGAAAAUCAUUAAAACAACAAGUUACGAUGAGAUGAUUGAAGCUUGGAGAGAGGGAGUCGACUGGAAUGGAAAGAAGUAUAAAAUCGUUGGACCUGGAUAUUUUGGAUUUAGGCUGUUAAAGCUUGUUUUGGCAACAUUUGCUGUGGAAGUUCCUAUGCGAUCGGAGAUUAUCCAAACAUUGUUUUUUUGCGUUGACAAAGAUAAGAAGGAAGUGUGGAACCACGGCAAAGUUAAUGUUGUUGGAAAGAAAGGAAAACGUCAUUAUCGAGCUGGAUUUUUGUAUAAUAGCUCAUUCGAAGAAUGGGAUCAUUUGGAUACUCUACAUUGGAGAGUAUUAAAUGGACAUGGGACACUCUAGUAAGACUGGAUGAUUCCUGCAAUUUAUGAAAUUUUAAACUAAAUUAUGAAUUAGACUAGGUUGUUCACUUAUUUUGUAAUAUUUCUAAUGGAUGGACAUAACUGAACGGCUUCUCUAAAUGUGACUACAUUCGAAUAAAAAUUGAAAUUAUAGCGAAAGCUUUCAACAAGAUAACAUAUACCCACUCUGAUACCCACUCUGCUUUACUAUAUACAUCUUUGAAUUCCUUUCUAACGUGAGACUCAAUGUGAGUCUAUCAAGAAAUCAUCUCUUAAUUUAAUUAUAAGUCUCAAAUUUCCCACAAUAUUAAAUUUAAUCAUAUGAGACAAAAGAGAAUUUACACAUCUACCUCAAAAUUGAGCAUGAAACGUUAUCUCCGAUUAAAGAUAAAAUAGCAAAAGUAAAUAGCUUAAGCAUCAUCAUAAUGUCAAAAUGAAUUCAAUUAAAUUUAAAUUUUAUUUACCAAAAUAUUCAUCUAAUUGCUUUAUUUGACAGAGCAUAUGCAGACAUACACAAUUGCAGAAAAUAAUUGUGCACUUGAAAUAUGCUCUUGUGACUAUGUACACAAAUCAAUUUCAUUAUCUCCACUGUUUGACUCUCACUGUGCAUGAAUGUGAAAUAUUUCGAGUUUAAAUGCUUGCAGGGUUGGGAAUCGGAAAAUGAUUUGAUAGUUAUGCUAGUCUUAUGGGCGCUUAAGGGCUCUUAAGCCUCACUUAAGAGAAAAUCUGCAUAAAAUAUUGUGUCAGCUUAGAGAAAGGCUCUUAAAGUUCCAUGUUCUGAAAGACAUCAUUUUUGAACUUAUCCUUCUAUUAUUUCGAGAAUCCCCACCAAGAUCGCCAACUCUGUAUGUUGUGGGGAUACAUGGACAUGCAAAUAUGAAGAUGCAAUAAAUUACCACUAUUUGCACAUCUAAUUAUGCCAAUAAUAUCAAUGAUAGCAUAAAGUGAGCAUGAAUGAAUGAAUAUUGAUAUUGAAUUAGGCGAAUGCUGAUUUAACAAGUGGAAUGGGUGCUGUUGUGAGGCCGAUGUACAAUUUUGCUAAUCGACUAAUUGCUCACUCAAAAUAUUGAUUUAAUUAAUUACUUAAUAUGCUUAAGUUGUUGAUGUUCAUUUUGUUGUUUAUGUUCUGUAGAAAUUUUGAUAAUUGCCAUCAUCAACACGAGCCGAAAUUUCUAAGAUAAUUUUGUUGACAUUUUGUAAGACUGGAUUAUGAUUAUUUGAUGGAUUUAUAUGGGUUUUUGACUUGUUUGUGAUUAGUGCAGUUAAAGCAGAGUUGAUGUAAAGUGGAUUUAUCGAGCUACCAAUAUGAUGGCUAGACCUCUGUGGUCGAGUGGUAAAGCUACAGACAGGAUUCCUCUCUUUUGUAAGGACGUAAGUUUGAUUCUCAUUCACUGAACAUCUUAGAACCAACCAUUAUUGUGCCAAAAAUGCGCUCAAAUCAAUUCCAUCCUAGACACAACACGUUCCAUCCAAAAGAAAAUUGUCUCGAUGUCUCAUCUGGAUAAAAAUUAAUUUUUUUAAAGCUCCCGUACAACAUUGAAUCCAACAAUUUUAAUUACAAUUUUAUGCUUGAAAACACUUAGCUAAAUCAUAAAAACAAACCGCAAUUAAAUCCUUUUAGUAUGAUAAAAGCUUUACCAUGUUUUUGUACAUUCUCACUGUGCAUAUAGAAUAAUAAGGGAGGUGAAAAAUGAAAUAAUACGAAAAAAAUUGUGCACCUGAGACGAACAGCUACGAGAAUUGAGAUGAAGAUACAUUUUUGAGUUCUUUUGUACAUUUCAUAAUAAAAAUGUAUGCAGAACUGUGUGUGUGUGUGUGUAGCAGAUAAUUUAAAGUAAACUUCUUUUAAUUCUCUCUUAUUCUGCUUUAUCCAUAUGCCUUAUUUUACAUCCACCUUCCAUUGUAACAUUCUAAUUAAAAACUGUUACAGUCAUUUUAUCGUUAAUGUACAAUCUUGAUGGUCUCUUUACACAAAAAGAUUUUAUUAUCGAAAGUUUUUGUUAGCUUGAGAGUUGUGAAAGGAGAUUUUUGGGAAUCUAGGGGGAUUGCUUUGACUUGACCGGACUCGAAUAGUCCUGAUGUAAUCCUGAUGUGGUCCUGAUGUGGUUCUAAUGUGGCCCUGAUGUGGUUCUAAAAUAGUCCUGAUGUGGUUCUGAUGUGGUCCUGAUGUGGUCCUGAUGUGGUUCUAAUGUGGUUCUAAUGUGUUACUGAUUUAGUCUUUACAUGGUCUUGAUGUAAUCCUUAUGUGGUCCUGAUGUGGUUCUGAUGUGGUUUUGAUGUUGUUCUGAUGUUGUCCUGAUGUGGUUCUGAUGUGGUUCUGAUGUGGUUCUGAUGUGGUUCUGAUGUGGUCCAUAUGUGGUCUUAAGGUGUUACUGAUUUAGUCUUUAUAUGGUCUUGAUGUAAUCCUGAUGUGGUUUUGAUGUUGUUCUGAUGUUGUCCUGGUGUGGUUCUGAUGUAGCCCUGAUGUAGUUCUGAUGUGAUCCUCACAAAACUUCAGAAAUACAGUCGCUUUGAGGCUUCAAUAUCCUAAUUACUCUGACUUUUUACUCUCACUUUAUUUCAUCAUGAUUAACUUUCAUCAUAUACAUUUUCAUACAAAAAAAAACUAAAACAAUGAAAAAAAAAAUUGUGAGAACAGCCAUAAAAAAUAAUUCCUCAUUUUUUCGGGUGUACAUUUCACAUUUUUUUCAAUUAAAUAAAACGUGUUUGUUUUAAUUAAACUCAGUGGAAAAUGAA